AAUGGCCAGCAAAUCGCUGCAAAAUGCCCAGUCUAUCAAACCGGGAUUAAAACCGAUCAAUUGAAGUCUACCUGUGUGUUAUAAAGGUUAAGUAUUGGAUUGAAGGAAGGUGGGCCUGGUUCUAUAUUGUUCGGUGAACAGCCAAUCGCGUCGCGCUAUUUCGGGUGAGGGUACAGAAAGCUAGUAGCGAUAUUGUUUAGGGACAAUAUAUGGGGUGUUGAAAGCGAUGCAGACUUAAAAAACUAACGGAUAACUUUCCAACUUUUUGUCAAGUGAACUUCGGAGAUCGGGGUGAAAAAGUCCCCAAGAAUCGUUCCAAAAUUUCUGAUUCGUGAAGCCUUUGGAGGUUGAUGUCGUCUGUGCUGGUGUGUUUACGUGUCCGGGGCCCAGACACUAUAAGUUAGAUAUUGAUUCAAUAUUUACACUGCAGUUUUGAUUUUGAUGUGAUAAUUUUGAAGACUUUCACCAAGAAGAGGAGAAAGAAAAAUGAAUAAAGUUGCAGGAACUUCAAGUCGCAUUUUAACUGACAUCCCUUGCAAAGUUUGUCAAGAUCACUCCUCGGGAAAACACUAUGGUAUCUAUGCAUGUGAUGGCUGUGCAGGGUUUUUCAAGAGAUCCAUUAGGCGAAAUAGACAGUACAUCUGCAAGUCACGUGGUCAGGGAGCAUGCCCAGUGGACAAGACUCACAGAAAUCAAUGUAGAGCAUGUCGACUAAAAAAGUGUCUGGAGGCUGGCAUGAAUAAAGAUGCUGUUCAACAUGAAAGAGGACCCAGGAAUUCUACCAUCAGAAGACAAGUCGCUAUGUAUCUUAAAGAGACUCGAGAUUAUGGGGCGUUUGUUGCCCAAGCACCCUUCCGUCCGCCAUAUUUACCCAGUUGUUACGGAAUGGACCACAUGAAUAAUGGCGUGGACAUCGGUGCAGUGACUCCGCCCUCGCCCGUCUCUCCCGGAAUUCUCUGCCAACCGACGCCUAAGUACCCACAUGAAAUAAUGCAGGCAUACUCAAGCAACCCAGAGGCCAUGUGUGAAGUGGCGGCUAGACUGCUCUUCAUGAGUGUAAAAUGGGCGAAAAACGUCCCCGCGUUCUUGGGACUGCCGUUCAGGGAUCAAGUGUUGUUGCUGGAGGAAGGAUGGAGGGAACUGUUUGUUCUUGGGGCGGCGCAAUUUCAGAUGCCCGUGGAGGCCGGGCCUUUACUUGCCGUAGCAGGAUUAAAUUCAGAAGAUGCACCAGCUGAAAAAGUUGUCAACGUCAUGACUGAAAUUAGAGCUCUACAAGAGAUCAUAUCAAAAUUUAAAUCUCUGCAAGUUGAUCCCACCGAAUUCGCCUGCCUUAAAGGCAUUGUUCUUUUCAAAACAGCUUUUGGAAAUUCACAAAAUUCAGAAGAAAAGUCUUUACGAGAUAUCCAUACCGUGGCAGGACUUCAAGACCAAGCCCAACUUACUCUGAGCAAAUAUAUUCAAGCCACCUAUCCAACCCAACCUUUCCGGUUUGGUAAAUUAUUAUUGUCGAUCCCGACAUUAAAAACAGUAUGCGGAAACACGAUUGCCGAGUUAUUCUUCAGAAAGACAAUUGGCAGUAUCCCAAUAGAACGUCUUCUUAUUGACAUGUUCAAAUCCAGUGAUUUCUGAUGUUGGACAGCUUGUCAUAUUGACAAAUAAUUAGCGGCAAACACAGUUCGGAAAUCAAUUCCGGAAGUGGCUCCGGCCAAACAGGAGCAAAAACGGAUCUCAAGCCCGACCGGCGUCGCUCAUGUCAACAAGCAGUUAAUAUUUCUUAGGAAAUAAAAUCUGCCACUCAUGAACGGUCAUCAAUCUAUCCAUUUUUGCUAUAUUUGUUUUCUCAUUCAAGUCUAUGAGUAGUGAAAUUUUAAAAUCAAAUUGGCAAUUAGUUUUAUUUAAUCUGAUGAGCAAAAAUCAAUGCGCUGUUUAUCUGAUCACGGGUAUCGCCGGAGCUCUCCGAUAUCAGCGUUCAAAUUCGGAAUACAAUGCCUUUGAUUAAGUCAUCUCCAAGCAGGGAACAAAAGAUUGGGGUGAAAAUGAUUCUUGAAAUCCACACGGCGAAUGAAUUCAUCUCCGAGGGUUGUUUUUCUCUCGCCAUUCUUAAACACUCGUGAAAUCAAAUCUCUUCCGCAGCGAAAAUACUAACUAAACAGAAUAACAUCGAUGUGCGCUAAUGCAAUACAAGCAUUACAGGUAUAAUAGGGCCAAUUUCUACCCGAGCAGAUAGCAAUUAAAUUCCAGUUUGCCCGUAGCGAUGUACAAUGCUAUUUUCCAAACGUAUUUCACGGUUAAUGUGUUAAUAAAUACGUUUCUAUCGUAACUUUUAUUUGAAUUUGAAGUAUUUCCCUAUAAAACGUCUGAAUUAUUUACACACGUUUAAUCCGUUUUGUAUAGUGCAUUGGCUGAUUUUCACCUAUUAAGAGUGACAAGUUGGAGACCCUUUUCCCGGUUUUUUCGUGAAAGUGUUACCUUUCCAGAUUUUUCUUAGUGCUAUCAGACUAAUGGUGCAUCUGUUUAUUGCAAGAAAGAGUGCUUAUGUUGAUAUCUUCAUGAAAUGUAAAAAGGUUUUUGUUCCGAAGUAAAAACUUUAGCGAAGUUAUACAAUACAUGUGUGAACAUUUGUUAGAUUUAGAGGUUUUUAUUAUAUUUAUACAUAUUCUUAUACAUCAUUAUUUUGUAAAAAGAAUGUCAUGCAUUUGCAUAUAUCUCAUAUAAUUUUUUUUAUAUCAUUCUCAUUGCAUACAUGUAUAUUUUCCAUGGGCCGUUUGGGCGUUAAAUACAAAAGAAAUACUUACAUUGUGCCCUUAAAGGGAAGAAUCUUGAUGCGAUCGCGAGCAUUGUAUAAUUGCAGAUUUUUCAACUGCUUGUUAAGCUUUCUUGCUACUUGGAAAAAAAUCUUUGUGUAUUUGUUCUGUUUGAAAAAAAGAAGAUGGUGCAUUUCGUUAUUUUUUCUUCCAUGCAUUUUACAUAGUACGCACAAAUCAUUCUUGUUAAGUUUGAGUGGACUCUGAUGCAACAUAGGGCUAAUGUCAAUGGUUGGUGCAUUUAUAUUAAGAAUAUCAAACCCAAUGAUUAAACUUGAAUUUUAAGAGUCUAUCUGUAUGUACACGAACUCGUGCGUUAUUUUCACCACACUGUGGGUGCAGAUUCUAAUUGAUUUUCAAUUGUGUCGUUGUGCAAUAUUGUUGGUUGUGAAUAUAAAAUGUAAUAUAUGUGCUCAAAUGUUAGAAAUGUAAUUAUAAAAUAAAAUCAUACGCUGAAAA